AUGUCUACUAAAGUCCUUGACAGAUUAAUCAAGAUUGCAGUACCUUUGGGUAUUGCUGUUUCUGGUAUUCAAUAUGCUAUGUACGACGUCAAAGGUGGUUCCAGAGCUGUUAUAUUUGACAGAUUGUCUGGUGUCAAGCAACAAGUAAUUGGGGAAGGUACCCAUUUCUUAUUUCCAUGGCUACAGAAAGCGAUAGUUUUCGAUGUUAGAACAAAGCCAAAGAGUAUUGCCACCAAUACAGGUACUAAAGAUUUGCAAAUGGUUUCAUUGACGCUGAGAGUGCUACACAGACCCGAUGUUCAACAACUUCCUACUAUCUACCAGAAUUUAGGUUUGGAUUAUGAUGAAAGGGUGCUACCAUCUAUUGGUAACGAAGUGUUGAAAGCUAUUGUAGCUCAAUUCGAUGCUGCUGAAUUAAUCACACAGAGAGAAAUAGUGUCUAAUAAGAUAAGAGAAGAACUAUCUAUUAGGUCUAAUGAGUUUGGCAUCAAAUUGGAGGAUGUGUCGAUUACACAUAUGACGUUUGGUCAAGAAUUCACUAAAGCUGUUGAACAGAAGCAAAUUGCACAACAGGAUGCAGAGAGAGCUAAAUUUUUGGUGGAGAGAGCUGAACAAGAAAGACAGGCUGCUGUCAUCAGAGCCGAAGGUGAGGCUGAGAGUGCCGAAUAUAUUUCAAAAGCAUUAGCUAAGGCUGGUGACGGUUUAUUAUUAAUUAGAAGAUUAGAAGCCUCUAAAGAAAUCGCCAAGACGUUAUCCCAAUCGUCCAACGUUACGUAUUUACCAAGCGGUAGUUCAAGUAAUGGUAAUAAUGAAUCUGCAGGAACACCAAAUUCGUUAUUGUUGAAUUUAGGAAGGUGA